AGCGCACGAGUUUGUCAUCGCUGUUUCGACCACAAAAAGGCAACUCGAGAGACGUUCCCCACCGUUUCAUUCACACCCCCAUAAUAAGUGAUCAAGAUGGGUCGCCGUCCCGCUCGAUGCUACCGUUACUGUAAGAAUAAGCCAUACCCGAAAUCGCGGUACAACCGUGGUGUUCCCGACCCCAAAAUUCGUAUCUUUGACUUGGGACGCAAGCGUGCCUCUGUCGACGAAUUCCCCUUCUGCUGCCAUCUAGUGUCCGAUGAAUACGAACAGCUGUCAAGUGAGGCUCUUGAGGCUGCCCGUAUCUGUGCCAACAAAUACGUGACGAAAACGUCUGGAAAGGACUCUUUCCACAUGCGUGUCCGUGUCCACCCUUUCCACGUUAUCCGUAUCAACAAGAUGUUGUCCUGUGCUGGUGCUGAUAGGCUCCAAACCGGUAUGCGCGGAGCUUGGGGAAAACCUUAUGGCACCGUUGCCCGUGUUAACAUUGGCCAGAUUAUUCUGUCCAUUCGUUGCAAGGAGUCGAAUGCGCCUGUCAUCCAGGAGGCUCUGCGCCGUGCUCGAUACAAGUUCCCUGGCCGCCAGAAGAUCAUUGUCUCGAAGAAGUGGGGUUUCACGAAUGUUGCAAAGGAGGAGUACCAGGUAUUGAAGGAGGAGAAGAGGGUGGUGCAGGAUGGUGCCUAUGUACAGUUCAUUCGCCCGAAGGGCCCGCUGGAGUCGAAUCUGCGCGCUCAACUCCGGGCUUAGACGUAAUGUGUAUCGUUAUCUGUCUACUGUCACAUUUCUGAUUUACGUCAACGAUGUUAUCUGUGUGAAGCGAAUGUGUGUGAGUGCCGCAUGCCUCCUAUUCACUACAUUGUCCAUCGUGGAUGAUGGUUAGGGGAACGGGGGCAAAGAUUGACUGAUUUCCGAUGAGCUGUAUAUUGUGUAGAACGCAGUAGUUGUGUCUGUACAUUCUAGCCGCUGGAACACAAUAGACUAGGACAUGAUGUGAUAUCUGUAUUCGCUAAUGGGAUGCUCCAAUGGAAUUGAAUUUGCUG